AUGAGGGCUAAGCUGGAGAUCUUGGCUCUGGUUCUGGGCACCAUCGGUCUGGUGGGGACCAUCGCGGUGACCGCCAUGCCCAUGUGGAAGGUGACGGCGUACAUCGGGCCCAACAUCAUUGUCAUGGAGACGCUGUGGGAGGGGUUAUGGAUGGCAUGCAUACGGCACGCGGACAUCAGCAUGCAAUGCAAAGUCUACGACUCGUUGCUCAUCCUGCCGGCGGACAUCCAGGCGGCCCGCGGGCUCAUGUGCACCUCCAUCACUCUCGCCGUCCAGGCCGUCCUGGUGUCUGUCUGCGGGAUGAGGGGCACGGACUGUUGCCAUGACGACGUCUGGGGUAAGAACGUGGUGCUGCUGGUGGGCGGGUGUCUGUUCGUGGUCGCCGGCCUCGCCGCUCUCCUUCCCAUCAGCUGGUCGACUCACUCCAUCGUCCGAGACUUUUACAACCCCAUGGUGCUGGAGUCGCUCAAGCGGGAGAUCGGACAGGCGCUGUAUCUGGGCUUUGCCACGUUCAUGUUCCUCCUGGUCGCAGGGGUGAUGCUGCUGUGCCGCUACGGCAGCCGUCAGAGGAAGGACGAGGAGGAGGAGGACAAGCCAUACAUCCUGGUGGAAAAGGACAAAGCGGGAGUGAGCAUGUUGGAACGGACACCCUCUUCUGACUCGUACUGGAAGAGUCAAUACGUCUGACAGACAGAACUGACUCACU